CCCCCCGUUUAGUUAGGUUUAUUGCGGCUCAGUCGCCUUAUCAACGCCGAGUUGGCUCCUACUGAUUCCCGGGCAGGGGAGCGAGAGCAGGAGGCGCGGUGAGUCCACCCCCGCUGCACCGUCACGCCAGCAUUUUUCACAAGGAGAAAAUUUCAAAGGAACCAAACGCACGAUGGCCGCGUUAAUCACAGCCGCGUUCAAGUUCUACGACUUCCUCUUCGUCGAGCUCGCUGAUCCCAGAACCAACCACUUGCCCCUCGUCGGGAACCCUUUCCAUGGCCUCGCCAUCAUCGGGUUUUACCUAUACUUCGUCCUCAACCUGGGGCCCCGUCUGAUGGAGGGAAGGGAUCCUCUGAAUGUGAAGAACCUCAUGACCGUCUUCAAUAUCUUCCAAAUAGGGUCCAGCGUGUUCAUCUUCUACAAGUGCCUGGUUUUGGGAUGGGGCCCUGGAGGACACUACAAGUUGUUUUGCCAGCCCGUCGACUUCUCCGACGACCCCGCUGCAGUCGAGAUCGCCUGGUACGUGUGGUUCUACAUGAUCCUGAAGUUCAUCGACCUCCUCGACACCGUGUUCAUUGUGCUGCGAAAGAACCAGAGACAAGUGACGUUCCUGCACGUCUACCACCACACGGGGGUAGCAAUAGCGCUGUGGGGGGCCGUCAAGUACUACCCGGGCGGACACGGCACCAUCCUAGGUGUCAUCAACUCGUUCGUCCACGCCAUCAUGUACGGCUAUUACCUGCUCACCACCAUCGCACCCGAGUACAAGAAGAGCAUCUGGUGGAAAAAGUACAUCACCAAGAUGCAGCUGACCCAGUUCGUGUUCCUUGGUCUGCACGCCGUGAGUGUCUUGCUCAUCCCCAGCUGCGAGUACCAGUGCAAGUACAUCUACGCCGCCAUCAUGGUGCCGCAGAACUUCUUCAUGUUCAUGCUCUUCUACAACUUCUACGUGCAAGCGUACGGCAGCGGAGCCAAGAACAAGAGCAAGGCAUCGUAGUGCCCGGCGUCCUGCCUGCAAGACGGAGCGCCAAACAGAUCUCAAAGGUCUCCCAGUCCCGGGGCCCGUUGCCUGCAGGUGCACAGGUGCGGGGCCCAACAGGCCUGGUGCGGGAGCGCAGGACGCGCCCGCAGGACGGGAUGUCCUCGCCACCACGCACGCGUGCACAGUGCGCGCCACCCUGCGAAGAGGUCGCCAGAACUGUGACUUACUGCACAUAUGAAAAUAUUAUUCUUAAGUAAUGCGUGUAUGCGUGAGAGUGUGUUUGUACUGUGUGUAUAAAGUGUUAGUUUUUUCAUAA